CCACGAAAACAUCUCGGUUGCGUGACGCUGCAUCUAGAACCAUGUCGACAGGUCCGCUCCCCUUCCUCCGUCGCUGACUCGCCGCGUCAAGCUCCUUAGUUCCGAUCCCGCUUAUACCUACGUCGAUCCAUCUUCGCAGUUGAAUGUCCCGUGCGAAUCUCUAACUGCCACCAUGCUGGCUGUGCGCGACCAAGAGAACCUGGUCCACUCUCACCAGACCGUUGCCGCGUCAAAACCGCUGAACCAGGGCGUGAGACAUUUGCAGCCAAAGACCCCAGGAGCCAGAGCACCCAAGACGCCUUUCAAAGUCCCGUUAAACGAUGAGAAUGAUCCCUUGGCUUUUGGAAAGAAGACUGCGAAGGCAGCGGGUAAACAGAAGGACUAUGUCAGCUUGAUCACCAAAGAUGCCUUUGUCACUCCGUCGGCAGAUCCCCGUCACCGUGCCCCUUUGGGCAUGAAAACAACCAAUGCCAAAACCAAGGGAUUGCAGACUCCGGCGCCACCUGGAGGGACACUGAAGCCAGAAAGGACCACCAAAAGAGGCUCCACCCAGAGAGUAAAGAAAUUCGCUCCUUUUGUUGAACAGAGCGAGCCAGAGGUCCAAACGAAGCCGGUGGAGGAAGACGUCCCUGACAUCGAGUACAUGCCGCCCAAGCCCAAAGAUCUCCCUGAUAUCCCGGACGAUAUUACAUACGAUACUACGUUCCCGCAAUUCCAACCGAAAAACCUCGCUCGGGGACUGGAAAGCGUGUAUGGAGAUAACGAGAUUGGGCCUGAUGGACUCACUAAGAGAGAGCGAAAGUUUCAAGAAGACUCUGCUGCUUGCGACAAAAUGGUCGAAGAAAUGAUUCGGAAGCAAGUUGAGAGCAUUGGGUUUGAGGAGACAUAUGAGACAGUUCCACCUAGCGAACCGCCUGCGGGAGGCGCUACGAAACACCGAAUGGAAACACGCCGGAUGAGGGCAGCCGCCGGCAAGACGAAGUAUAGCAGCAGUAUCCCCACUAUUCGAGCUCGAGAUGCAGCUGCCGCCCUUUCUGGGACCCAGCGUUCCGUUACACGCGCCAGACCUGCUGUUUUGGCCAAGCCUAGGGUUACCUCCUCCUUGUUCCCUUCCAAGAAGCCCAGAAGCCCGACCAAUCCGUCGAGCAUGCGUCACAGUGCCGCUGCUGCCACUUCGAAGUCGACGGUGGGAUACAGUCGGGGCCGGGACGUGUCGUCCAAGAUACAUGGCAAGACGGCCAGCCCGGUGAAGCCGGAGAUGGAGCCCAAAAGAAUAUUAUCUCCCGAGACUUAUCUGCAGCCCUACGGGACUCCACCUCUGAUCGCUGACACGAUCGAGCUAGGCGCCGAUAGUGCGGAGGAAGCCCUUCCCAUCUUCGGGGAAGAUGAAGAGGCCGAAAACUUCCAAUUAACGCUGUGAUGUACGAUGUGUGAGGAGUCAAGGUGAAUACAAAGUCGACUUCAGGCGCACAGUAUGGUUUUCAAUGGGUCGAUGUUCUCGGUAGUUUUGCGGUGUUUGUGAUUACAGGGGUACCCCUUUUUGAUUCUAUUAUUUUUUUUGGCUACUGCUAUUUCACCGUCCCAUGCAUGCCUUUCUCUCUCACCACCGGGGGGGAGGAGAGGCCGGGUAAGGGCAGGUGGUGCACAAAGGCGGAGCACAGGACACGAAAGGGGCGUUAUUAAUGAUAUUAUAUGACCUAUUACCAACGCAUUUGUGUUACGAGAAGCGUGGGGCCUGACUUCGAUUGGGGAGGGUUCCAUCAUGAUUCCUAUCAUUUGAGCACAUGAAAUUUGGCAGCAUGAUCAAUAUGGACACGUUAACCUGAUG